AUGACGGGCUAUUUAAAUAAAGCACUGCACUCGUUCACCCAAAGCUUCUCAUCCAGCAACUUCAAAUCUCCUACAUUUCUCUUCAAUUCUCAUAUCAUUACCCUUCCAUUCAUUCACAAGUAUUCAAAAAACAUAAUGAAGACCACCAACUACGUCGCCCUUGCGCUCAGCUGCCUUUUUGCAAGCUCCAUCUCCGCUCCUACACCUGGCGGCGAUGGCCUGAAGGAAGUCACUGGCAUCUUGGGCUCGAUCACCGACCCUUCUGCGGGUGACGGAAACAAAAUUAUCGGCAACGGACAGGACAAUGGUAACAGCAAUGGCAACGGGAACGCGGCCGGUAAUGGCAACGGUGAUGGCAAUAGCGCGGGCAACGGAAACCAGGGUGGAAACGGGAACGCCAUCAACUUUGAGCGCCGUGGUAAUUCGGAAGAGGGUCUUACUGCAGUCUUGGGCUCCAUCACAAACCCGUCGGCAGGUGACGGCAACACUAUAGAUGGCAACGGUGCUGGUAACGGUAUGUCUCAAAUGUGCCUAGUGUUGAAUGUUUACUUGCGAGCUUGCAAUACAAAUCGCGAUGUAUCUCAAGAAACCUCUGACAAAUCAACAGGAAACGGCAACGGCAACGGAAACUCAGCUGGCAACGGGAAUGGAAAUGGAAAUUCGGCUGGCAAUGGGAACCAAGCCGGCAAUGCCAAUUCGAUCAACGUAGGUGACGUAACUCUACCAAGCGUCACGCUCCCCGACGUCGACCUGAGUCCUUCGAUCAAGUCAGUCGUUUGGCGCCAUAAGGACAGGACGGUUUGCUAA